CCCAUGUGUGUACAUGCAUCAGAUGACUUAGGUAGGAAUGCUGUGAUGUACGCUGCUCAUUAUGAUAAACUUGAUUGUAUGGACGUCCUACUCAGAGCCCAUGCUGAUCCAAGUGUGCGCUCAAAAGAUAACUACACAGCGUGUCAUGUUGCAGUGCAUGGUGGGAACUGGGAGGCGUUAGAGAAACUCCUAGCCCAUGAUGCUGAUACUGAGACUCAGGACAACAUAGGAAGGGCACCUCUACAUUGGGCUGCAUUACUACCAGACAUCGAUUGUCUAGAUAUGCUAUUAAAGGCUGGUGUGAACAGAGGCCCCAGAGAUUGUGACGGACUGACACCAGCCAUGUGGGCGUGUCACGUGGACAAUAAGACACACUUUGACCUUAUAACCUCAGGUCAACAUAAGGUUGAAGAGGAUGAUGGGAUAGAACGUGACCUGCUCAGAAGGACGUGGAUUCAUUGGUCUGUGAAAAGAUCAGAGUCACUGGAAUGUUUGGAUAGCUUACUGAGUCCUGCUACAGCUGCUAUAAAAGACAAAGAAGGGAGGACAGCUAUACAUCUUGCUGCUUCACUAGGUGCUCUUGAUGCAUGUAGAUUGGUUGUAUCAAAGGUUGGCCCAGACUCUUUGAAUGAGACCGAUAAUCAUAAUAGGACCUGUCUUCAUCUGGCCACUAUAGGCGGACAUGGAGAGGUGGUUAAUUUCCUUCUUGAUCAUGGAGCUGAUGUGAACAGAUUAGACAGCUCGAAAAAGACACCAUGGGACUAUGCGGAGGAAAAAGACUUACACUACUGUAAGCUGAUCAUUGAAUCGUAUUGUUCACCCAGAGAAAGAACACCUAGUAGAGGAAGGAAUAGACAUAGAGCAACAGAGGUGAAUAAUAACUCUAUACAAAACUCAGGGAAUAAUCCGUCCUCACAAUCAAAUCAUCAACAACUCUCACCUGAUCACGAGGGUAGGAUACCCUCCCCUCCCCACCAGCCACGCCCCUUCAUCCAAGCACCGCCUCCACCAAAGAGAGGUCAUAGUCCAAGGCGCCCCUCACCAAACAGACCAACACACCCCCAUACAGGAAUGGUACACCCUGCACCCCAGUCACAGUUGAAUGAUGAGCCAUUAGAUGGGCCACACCAUUCCACGCAGGAGGAGGGUAGUGCACCUUUGGAAAGUGACAUCGUUAUUAGUCCUGUGGACUCUGAGCAAGGGGAGGUAGUGCAAUACAGACCACCAUCAGAGGGGGAAAUCGUGCAAUCUCAAGAGGGCGCUAUCAUCGACAGCGACAUGCAGCCAUCUAGUCAGGUCGCUGAGAAAGAAGAACAAGCAAAAGGUCCUCGUAACCCAAGAGGGCGGUCUUGUAGCGUGGUGAGUGACAUGAGUGAACAGAGCAUUAAUUUUGGGAUGGAUGUUUCUGAUAUUGAGGGUGAAGAUGGAACCAAGGAGUCCGGCAGGGUCAAUGAGAGGCUUAUAGAGCCUGUCACAAGUCCCGGCUGGCAGUCGCAGCCUACAAGUCAAACGGUAGUCAAUCAGAAGCUUCCCAUACCAACGCGCCCACCCAGCCCUGCCCUGGCCCCUACUAGUCCACCCAACCCAUUAUCAUCACCUACAUCUCCAUCUCAUACCGUGCCAUCAUCCUCAUCUCCAUCAGCCCCGCCCAUGCCUCAGAUUGCUCCAUUCACCAAAUCACCCCUUCAAGGACCGCAAUCACCACCUCCAUCUGCACCCCCUCAGCAACAGCAGCAACAACAGAAGCAAUCAAAACAACAGCAAGGUUUGACUGGGGUUUCACCCCGUCGUCUCAUGCCCCUGGCUGACCCCCUUGUUCCCCAGACCUUACCCCCAGCUCUCCCUGAGACAGGUGGAGGGACAGGGUCAUCUGCUUUAGGAGGGAAGGGGAAGAAGAAGAAAAAGAGGAAAGGCAGUGCUGGUGGAGGAAAAGAUGAUUGGGGAUCAUUAGUGGCUCCCCAUCAACCCAUUGCUCCGAUCAGAUCACCCACUAAUCCACCAGAACCUGAUUUUGCUCUAAGGCCACCAAGUCCAGGGUUCCUAUCUGCUCCAGGUCAUCCACCAAAUUCAAACAACCAUCACCCUUCCCCCAGCAGUCAGCACUCACCAUCUCCUACCCCUACCCCACGCAACCUAAACCGCUCCCCACAACCCCCUGUCAACCACCACCAACCCCAUCAAUCCCAAGAACUAGCCCAGGUGGCACCACUUCAAGCCGGUGGUGGGGUGUCCAAGACCCAGCAGCAUCAGGGUCAGAACAGGAACGGGGCGUGGGAGGUGUCCUGGGAACCCAAACGCCCUAGUAUGCCUGCUCCUCCUGUUACACCCAGGGAUAACCGAGGAGGAGGGGGGCUACCGUCUCCAGGAUCUGGAUCCCUCCUACCACAAGCCACAUCUCAGGGAGGUAUGCUCCUAGACAGGGGUAACUCUGGAGGAGGAGGAGGUGGUGGUGGGGGUAAGUCUCCAAGAGGUUCAUCACCCCAGCCAGCCCAAAUCAGCCCAAGGGGUAGUAAGAACAAAUCUGGAAGCCACAACCAGGGCGGACUCACCGAACUCCAGAGACCACGGACACCUCAGAUGCCCGUCACUGCACGAUUCCCUGACACACGAGGGCGCACUUCUGGUUCUCUCCCUGCCCAUCCACCCCCAGGAAGGCCUUGAAUGGUAGAUGUUUCCGACUCCUGCUUGCUUUACACCAUUUCUUAUUGGCAAAGCCUACUGAUAUUCAAACAUACAUUUUGUAUGUAAGGCUUCUUUUUGUCAUCAAUAGAUGUGAAGUUCGACCAGUUUUAUUCAUAGACUUUACUAUGAUGAUCAAUGAGAUAUGGCAGGAAGGUAUUUUUUGUCUUCAAUGAUAAAGAUUCAGCUUGAAGUAGACAAAGAAGCAAGUGAAGAUUCUAAAUGCAUGGAUAUCUACUAGAAAUCUGUUUCAUCAUUGAUAAUAGAGAGUAUGUAUUCAUGCAUGGGUAAUAAACAAUCAUAUUAUAAAAUAAUCAUAUUCAAGUUGCAUGUUUAUCUUGCAGGAAGAUAAAGUUUUUUAAUUCUAUCAGUGCUUCAUAAAUGUGAUGUAACUUUGCAUGGUAAGCCACAGAUUUGCCGGUUGUGUUGAAUUUAUCAGAACUUAGAGAUUAUGUAACUUAUUUACUUUGUUUACCAGUAAAGGAAUUAAUUCAAGCUUUCAUUUGCUUAUUUAUCUAAUAGUUUAUCAAUGUUGGAAGUUGAAACAAAACAAAUUUUGGGGAAGAUUGUUUUCUAAAAAAAAGAGCUCACCUAUUUUUUGAAAACUGACUGAAUGCAGUAUCUUGCUUGUUUCUAGAAAAUACCAAAAUAUAUUUUUAAUCAAAUAUGUUGAAUAGAAUGUUUCAAUUAAUUAAACAUUGAACACUUUCUUGAUUUAGAUCAUUACAAGAAUAAAUGUGAUUUAGAUGUAGCUAGUGUUCUAAAUAUAUUUACAUCUAUUGUCUGAUGUAACAAUAAAAAAAAAAUUAUGCAUGUAUAAUGUUAUACCUCAAUUAUCUUUCUACUCCUGCCAAAAAGCAAACUUUGUUUUCAAGAAUUUAUUUAUUGUAUUAAUGAGAUUGGAUAUAAACAUUUUUUAAUGUGGAAGCCCUAAAGCAUGCUUAUGUUUAAUAUUGGAGUGUUGGAACUUACUUUAAUAUACACUUGCUUGUGGGAACUACAGUAUUUUCAAUUUGACAUUGCAACUCGUAUUUCAAUAUUGUGUCAAACCUUGAGAAGAAUCUUAUUUUUUGUUUUAAUUCAUACAGCUUCUUCUCAAAAAGCUUGUUUUCAUGCAGUAUUCAGUUCUGUACACAGUAUAAUGUAUUGGUAUUUUAGAAGAAAAGCUAAACGUCUUUCAUGUUUUGCUGUAAUGGCUUUGUUAGAACCUUGCAGAUUGUAUAUAGAAUCUGAGAUAGACCCUUGAUUGUGUAGUAUUGAAGAGGAUAAGGUGACAUUCACUUGGUUUAUAGGUUACUGAUUCCAAACAAGACAGCUUGCAUAUGAGAUUCACCAAAACUUAUUUUUACAUUUCAAUUUUUCCCACAAUGACAAAAAAUAUAAGAUUUUGCAAAAAAAAUCUUGAUCAGGAAAUACUAAUGACCAACAAAUUAUUCUUGCAUUUCACAUAUUGAAUGGAAUUUAUUCACAUCUGCCGGUGCAAAAAUUUGCAGUCCAUCAGGCUUGAUAAGUUUUGUAAAAUAUCUUUUUGCACCUCCAAAUGAUUUUUAGUGCUAUCACAUAUUAUCAUCUCAGCUUUAACUCCAGCAGCCAUACUCAGAGCUCAGGGUAUUCAUGGAAUUAAUCCUACUUGGUCCCUAUUUACUUAACCUCAAAUGCAACAAUUUUCGGUUGUAUAAGAUAAUCAAGACCUAUUCAAGUGUGUAGAUUGUAGUAAAUAGGAUACCAACUUUUUCAGGUUUUUGCAGUCACCAGGGAGUGAUUGUAGGCCAUUGUGUGGAAAAGAAAAGACUUUGCAGAAGUAGGCUUUACAGGGUAAUGUGAUAAAAUUGAUAGGUUUGGAGCUUGCUAUAGUCAGUGAUGAAGCUGAGAGAUGAUUCAAAAGGUGAAUGCAUCUUAAAAUCAUACUAACACUUCACUGUAACAAUCAGAUCAGACUCAGAAGAUGUAUGCUACUGCAUUGUUUAUUAUGAAAUUGUUUGGAAGUAGUAACCUAUGAAAUUUUGCUUCAGUACUCCUUCAGAUCACAUGUCUUUCAUUACAUUUUCUGUUCUAUAAUUUCUACAGCGUGUAUGCAUCUAUAUGUGUGUGUUUUGCUUGUUAAUACUAUGUAAAGAGUGUGCCAAAUAUACUCCUUUUUUACUGCGUGGACAAUAUGAAUCAGAGAAAUGUAGCAUGUUUACAAAUGCUAGAUAUGAUUAUUUGUCAUUUUUUAUUUUGAAAUUCACUUUACUUCAUAGAUAGAGGAGUUUGUUAUUACAUUGAGGAGUUUUAUGAAAUAAAUGGUUAGGAUUCAAUCAAUAUAUCUGGAUAAAAUGGAUAUGCACCAACAUCAACAAACUACAAAAUCCAAUGUAAUCAUAUGCAGUUUAUGAAAAAUGUGAGCCCCCCCCCCCCCACCAAGUUCUUUAUUAUGAUCUUGUUUUAAGUUUAUUUUUAUUCCACCUGUCAAUUAUUAUGUUUUAAGUCUCACCUUGAAUUGAAGAAAGAAAAAUAAAUCCAGAAACUUGCGGGGAAAAUAAUGUAGCAAUUACUUGGUAAAUCCUUUACUAAAAGUGAAGAACAUAACUACCUGGUAGUGAAUGAUUGUUUCUUCAAGAAGACAAGUAAUUUCCAUUUAUAUAAGUUUUGCAACUUUAUUGUGUAAAGUCCUGUGGCAUAGUUAUUAAACACUGCCAUAAAACACUAUUUUAAAAAAUAUUUAGAUACCCCCCAGAAUUUUAACCUAAACCGUGAUUCUACCAAGAGUCUAUUUUUAGUAUUUUUAUACUUACUGCAUAAUAUAAAAAUCACCAUGUUUUAGUGCUCUUAAUAAGAUAUAUUUGGUUUCUUUAUCCAACAUUUUACAUAUACAUAAGCUCAAGGAUAAAUCAUGUGAUCCAAAUGCACACAUUUCUUAGGAAUUUCAAUAAUCAAUUGUUCAUGGUCCAAUGGUGAUAAAAACAAUCUCAAGCCCUAGAUCCUUUUCUUUUAUGAAAUUCUAAACUGAGAUCACAAGUGUCAUAAUACAGGUAAAAUGUUGAGAACAUAUCUUACCUAUGCUUGUACUUGUAUUUUCAUCAAAGGGUAUAUUCUCUUUGUGAUGGUAAUGACAUUGCAGUUCAACUUAGAUUAUAUAUAUA